UUCCCCCUGCUCUUUCAUACCGACGGUUGGUUCCCUGUUUUUGAGAUUGAUUGUUCGUUUCUUCGGCCAACUCCAGGCCAAUCCACGAAUUUCUUCCGCCACUUCAAUCUCACCUUCAAAUGACUCGAGGAAACCAAAGGGAGAAGGACCGAGAGAGGGCUCAGGCUCGUACCGGCGGCAAGGGUAAAACCAAGGACGAUGGCUUGACCCCCGAGCAGCGCCGCGAAAGAGAUGCUAAGGCGCUACAAGAAAAGGCAGCAAAGAAGGCGGCUCAGGCGGCAUCGGAAGGUAAUUCAUCCGGAGGUAAAAGUAGCGCUAAAAAGUAGAUGGUCCUGGAUUUAGAAUCGUGAAUACUAUGAUCUCGUGGUUCUUAGACUGUUUGAUAUUGGAGAAAUAAAUAUUUGUAUGUUUCAGUAAUGUGAAUGGAUAUAUCUCUUAUGCUGUCAACGUUAAUUGUUGAUGAUUGUUUUCCA